CCAGUUUCUCAUCAAACUUGGAAACCAAUUAAGAACCUUCUACGGCGAUGGCACCUUCACUUCUUGGACCACCAGAGCUCGGAAACGCCGCCCCACCGUCACCGCCUAAAACCCAACCUGCACCAUCAUCGGCGGCAGGCGAUCCUUUCGUAGAUCUCAUGGUCUCCGAUUUCAACAAAAUCGGCAUGCGGCAUUCCCCGCCAAUGGGCUUCACUGAGAACAUGUCGGCGACCUACCUCUCCUCCGGCAACCCUUGCCUCGAUUUCUUCUUCCACGUCGUCCCCAACACCCCGCCCGAGUCCCUCCAGCAGCGCCUGCUCUCAGCCUGGUCUCACGAUCCUUUGACCGCCCUCAAACUCAUCUUUAAUCUCAGAGGCGUCCGCGGCACCGGCAAGUCCGAUAAGGAGGGUUUUUACUCGGCGGCGCUCUGGCUUCACGGUCACCACCCCAAAACCCUGGCACGCAACAUCUCUCACUUGGCUGACUUCGGUUACAUCAAGGACAUGCCGGAGAUUCUCUUCCGUCUUCUCGAAGGCGGCAAUGUGAGGUCUAGCCAGAAGGACGAAUGGAGUCGGAGGAAGUCGCAGGCUCGGCGUUCCAAAAUGAAACCGGAGACAGUAAAAAAGAAGUCGGGAGGCGUGAAGAAAAUCAAGUACAUGGUGCCCUCUCUGCCCAAAGCGCAAAGAAAGCUGGAUAUGGCGAAGAAGGUCAUCCAGCGAUACAACACCGACUCAGAUUUCCGAAAUUUAUACGACCGGGUCUCUGAUUUCUUCGGAGAAGCUCUCACGGCCGAUCUGGGUUACUUGAAGUCCGGCGAGAUGAACAAAAUCAGCCUCGCCGCUAAAUGGUGCCCUUCCAUCGACUCUUCCUUCGAUCGGUCCACACUCUUGUGUGAAAGCAUCGCACAGAAAGUGUUCCCCAGAAUGUCUCAUCCAGAAUACGAAGGAGUAGAAGACGCCCAUUAUAUCUACAGAGUUCGUGACCGGUUGAGGAAGGAGGUUCUGGUGCCUCUAAGAAAGGUUCUAGAAUUGCCCGAAGUCUACAUCGGCGCUAACCGUUGGGAUUCCAUCCCCUACAACAGAGUGGCGUCUGUGGCCAUGAAUUUCUACAAGGACAAGUUUCUCAAACACGAUAGUGAGCGGUUCCACAGUUAUUUGGAGUCUGUAAAAUCCGGCGAUGCGAAGAUUGCGGCAGGUGCUCUCUUGCCCCACGAGAUAGUUCAGUCCUUGCGGGAUGAAGCUGACGGAGGGGAAGUAGCAGAGCUACAGUGGAAGAGGAUGGUGGAUGAUCUUCUCCAGAGAGGGAAGCUGAGGAACUGCAUGGCUAUUUGCGAUGUGUCUGGUUCCAUGUCUGGAACUCCAAUGGAGGUUUCCGUUGCUCUAGGCGUUCUGGUUUCAGAGUUGAGCGAGGAACCAUGGAAGGGGAAGGUGAUCACUUUCAGCCAAAAUCCGACCCUCCAGACAAUCUGCGGUGAUUCUCUCCUGGAAAAGACGAAAUUCGUGAGGGAGAUGGAAUGGGGGAUGAACACCAACUUCCAAAAGGUGUUUGAUCAUAUCCUGGAGGUGGCCGUGAAGGGGAAAUUGAAGGAGGAGCAGAUGAUCAAGAAGCUUUUUGUAUUCAGUGAUAUGGAGUUCGACGAAGCUGCAUCCUCAAACCACCACAGGUAUGGAACUUAUGAACACGGAAGUAAAUCAUGGGAGACGGAUUACCAGGUGAUAGUGAGGAAAUUUACAGAAAAGGGUUACGGGAAUGCAAUCCCGCAGAUUGUGUUUUGGAAUCUCAGGGACUCUAAAGCCACGCCUGUUCCGGGGAGUCAACAGGGAGUGGCGCUCGUGAGUGGGUUUUCCAAGAAUCUGUUGAAGCUCUUCUUUGAGGGGGAUGGUGAUAUCAACCCGGAGCAAGUCAUGGAGGCGGCCAUCUCUGGCGAAGAGUAUCAGAAGCUGGUCAUCAUGGACUAAAUCAACCAUCUGGCCGUUGUGCAGGAAGCUAGUUUUAUUUUCCCUUUUUUAGAUUAAUAAUCUAUUACUUUGUACAAUACUUGGUAAUAAUAAUUGCAUUGCAUCUGUUUUGUCUAUUUAGCAACAAUGAAAGUAAAAAAUUAUUUAGAAAGGGCAGGCCAUAUAUUGCCAUUUGAGCAACCAAGGUACGUGCUUGUAAUUUAGAAAAUUUGUAGCUGACCAUGACUCUGGUUUGCAGCAGCACCUCUGCGUAACUUUGAUAGUAUGAAUCAGAAGAUUUAGCUAG